GUGUCAAGUCCAUCGAUAAUUUAACAUCGUUUGAAUGCCAAGGCACAACAUAGUUUUGGCUCUACUUUGAUUAUACUACGAAGCCCGACUCUGGAUGAGCUUCUCCUGCGAGAUUGACACCUAAGCUUCGAAAGCAUCUCGAAGCAUUGCGGACCGAAACCACCGGCCUAGUUACAAGGCGACGCGGCCUGCACAGUCAACAUGAGGGCCUGGAAAAAUGGACUCCUGUUAGCUGGGCUUCUGCUGACAUCGGUCAAUGCAGGAGAAGUUGUAUUAGAUCAGAAGGAGGACAACAGAUUAAAAUGCGCUGGAAUGUACAGCCGGAAGUCUUGGGGAGGCAGCGUGGAUCCAUUCAUCCUGGUCAAAUUUCUGAAGCCUCCUGCUGAGCAGAAGGCGGCAUCCGUCAGUCUUGUGAUAUUCGAGUGGAAGGAUGAGGAGCUUGUUGGAGUGUUCCCCGAGGGGGCUGCUCCUGGUACCCCCAAAGAAUAUAUUUGCACCGAAAAGAAUGUCCAGAGGAAGCUUUGCGACAAGGCAGAUCUGAACAAAUAUAUUCUGGCGCCAAAUGCGACCGAGUCGUCGACAUCCGAACUCAAGACCACCGCAAUUGAUCUGAAGAAUAUAGCAGCAACAAACUACUUGAUCAAAACCACGGGAUACUACUGUGUUAGCACAGAUGCCGAGGAUGGCGUUGAUUAUCAAGCAGUCGUGGAAUUUCGAAACGCUUAUGGAGAACUGGAUGGUGCUCAGAUUGCCAAGCUACCGUUUUACGGGGGCCUGACUAUCGUAUAUGCCUUACUAGCAGUUUUCUGGGGAUUCUUCUAUGUUCAGCAUAGGCACGAUAUUCUCGCUGUUCAGAACUAUAUUACGGCCAUCGUAAUAUUCUUGAUUGUCGAGAUGCUGAUGACAUGGCUUUUCUACGAUUACCAAAACCGCAAUGGAAGCAACGUCGGCUCGAAAGUAUUGAUGAUUGUCGUUGCAGUUCUGAACGCUGGCCGCAACUCUUUCUCGUUCUUCCUUCUCCUGAUCGUCUGUAUGGGCUACGGAGUUGUCAAGCCUACUCUUGGGAAGACGAUGAUUUACGUUCGCUGGCUUGCAUUUGCCCACUUCGUCUUUGGCCUCAUUUACGCCAUCGCGAGUUUGACAGUCACCCCGGAUAAUGCAGGACCCAUUGUCCUCUUUGUUAUUCUACCUCUUGCCGGAACUCUCACUGGUUUCUAUGUGUGGACUCUUAACUCCCUGACGCACACGAUUAAGGAUCUCACAGAGCGUAAGCAAAACGUCAAGGCCAGCAUGUACCGCAAGCUCUGGAUCUGCAUUCUCCUAAGCAUUGCUGUCAUCUUCGCAUUCUUCUUCUUCAACAGUGUCACAUUUGCUGGUGUCAGGGACCCGGAUUUCGUUCCAGGGCACUGGAAGACAAGAUGGUUCAUACUUGACGGAUGGCUGAACAUUGUCUAUUUCGCCGACGUUGCAUUUAUUUGCUACAUGUGGCUGCCAACGGCAAACAACCGCAGAUUCGCAAUGAGUGACGAGAUCGCACAAGAUGAUGAAGGUUUCGAGAUUGGAGACUUUGGAGCGGAUGAUUCCGGAGACGAAGAGGAGGCCCGCGAUGAGCGCGGCACUGAAGGUCCACGAUACGAUGCUGCACCGAAAUCCGCGCCAACGAAGGCACAGGCUCCAAAUGAUGCCCCGAGCGCAUCGAGGCAGUCGCUAGAUGGCGAAACUAUCUUUGCUGUUGGCGAUGACGGGGCAGGCUGGAGCGACGACGAGGCGGAUGAUGAUGAUGACAAGAAGAAGUUGGUGGGCAAGCCUGGAAAGGAUGCGUAGAUAGAUUUAUCUGUAUUUUAUGUUUCUGAUAAAGUUUGAUCUUGGAGAUGAGAUCUUCGGGGGAAGAGAUGAGGAGGUCUCACAGCGCUAGCAAAGCUAGGUCGAGUUUUAGGGACUCAGAGCAAUGUAAUUCAUGAACAGUUUCUCAC